UUUUUGUUCGUUCGAGUAGGUGGUAUGCUCGCCAGCAGCGGCUACUGCGGUGCUUCGGUGGUGUGCUGCAACAUGGAUGUCGAAAUAGGUGGCGUUCGCUUCGUUGACUCGGUUAUGUGGGAUAUCCACCAGAGUUCGGCCGUGCGCUCUUCGCGGAAUGGUAUCGAUGUCACGCACGUCUCGUGCUAUCCCCGCUAGAGUUCUCGAGGAGGACGUGUGCAGAGCUUGGUAUUGGGUUGUCGUUUGUCCAGCCAAUAGCUCAGUCUAUUGGCCAACAACUUAUAGAAUAUGGGCGAAAGAACCCAAUGUGGGCAGUGGAGGGAUCAAUUGCACCAGCGGACGAAAACAUCCAGACUGUGAUCAUCGACGUACGCUUUCGAUCAGUCAUUUUUCGAGAUCGCUUGCAGUGGGAUGUCAACUGCCCCUACAACAGCCCGGAGCAGUUCGCGAGGAUCACGGUGGCAGAUUUAAAUUUACCACAGGCGAGAGAUGGAGCCGAUAAUCGCGCUGACGAUACACCAGCAAGUUUCGAGAUUUCGCAUGGCAGCACCAUCAUCAACCACAAGCAACGAGGAUGCCCAAUUCAAGGACGUCGAAGGGCCUUGUGUUUCUUCUGCCCUAAAUUCGAGUAGUUUGUACGAAGUAAUAGCACCCCCAUAGUGCCUUCGAGUCUCCGAAGAGGGAGAGGAGACGGGGGAGACGGGUGCACUCAUGGUCGUGC